GUCCACGAGUCUGGGAACCCUGGAGACCGCCGGCGGUGGAUAGCCGCGAAAUCCCGAGGUGGUUAACCGGGUCUCACGGCGGCGGCGAGGAGAGGGAGCGCUAGCCUGGGGUGCGCGAGCCCGGCGCAGCCCGCUGGGAGCACAGGGGCGCGGGCGCGAGCGCGCGGAUGGAGGACGCGUGGCCUGCCGGCUCGGAGCGGAGGCGGAAGCGGCCGAGUUGCGGGGGCGGCCCCGGGUGACGCUGCGGCCCUUCGAGCCCUUCUCCAGGGCGGCGGCGACUGGAGCUUCAUCUGCUGCGAGAAAGAGGAGGUGGACCUACAGGACCUGCCCAGCGCCACCAUCGCCUGCCACCUGGACCCCCGCGUGUUCCUGGACGGCCUGUGCCGGUUGCCAGAACUACUAACUUCUACCAAUUGAAGGACAGGGUUGCUGAAACCAGUGAAAUCUGUUUUCAAGGCCUAUGUCGGGUUACAGUGUUGUUGUAAAGAUUCCCACAGGAGCAACAAACAUUGAAAUUCUUCAGCACAGCUAUUCUGGAAAACCAGAAGAUGACAAUCACCUCGAUAAACAUUUUUGGUGGCUGUGUAUGGGUAAUUUAUACAACCCUGAUGUACGAUAUUCCUUCCAUGUCCCUGUGGAGGAUACAAGUGACCUGUUCACAUGGGAGCACAUAGACCAUGACAAGACUGUACCAAAAUGUGUCAAG